AUGUAUCAAAACCCGUGGAUCCCUAACUACCUGAGCCAUGUCGAGGUGUGCGGCCAAGGACUUGGCACUGAUCCACGUAUCAAACUUGGCAACCGGCGCCUGCUGCAGAAGAGAGCUUUGAGCCUCCACAGAGAGCUGAGCCAGGAGCAGAAGGAAGCUGUGGUCAGGAGCAUCACUGACAUUGAUGUGGGCCUGCUGACUGCGCUGCCCAAAGUUUCAGAGCUGAGGAAACGGUUCGAGGGGAUCCGCAGCAGCACCAGCGACUGCGACAUGAACAGAAAGGAGCGCAUUGCCCGGCGGAUGGAGGCCAUUGAGGGCGGAGAGGUGUCCAGUCUGGUGUCCCGCAGGCUGAUGGAGGAGGACACGCCUCGCUACACCCGCAGCUCGGAGGACUCCCCCCGCUACGUCAGGCCGGCCGACGAGUCCCUGCGGUACGCCAAGACCCCAGAGGACCUCCCACACUACAUCAAGAGCCCAGAAGACCUACCACACCUCUCAAAGUCCUCGAACCACCUACAGCUUUAUGGCAAGACCCAGGAGGGCAUACCACACUACACAAAGACCCAGGAGGAGACUUCAGACUACAUCAAAACAUGUGAAGAGCCUCGCCACACCCAGAGAACGGACUACAUCCACACUCUAAGCGACGCACUGCAUCUCGUCAAGACACCAGAGGAAGUCUCCAACUCCUUUCCUGAGUCCUCCCGGUCUUCUGGAGGGUCAGCUGACUGCCCCCAAUACAGCAACAGCUCAGGUCCCUGUGAAGCCGGCACCGCAGCUACCUCACAGCAGUACAGUCGGGAUGGCUCGUACACCUCCCAGUCCACUCCCCCCACCACCACCAGCAGCACCACUGGUCCUGACCUGGAGUCUAAGGCCCAACGGAUCGCCCAGUACAAAGCCGAGAGGAGGAGGCAGCUGGCCGAACGAUAUGGCAUCUCCCUGGACCUGGACACUGACUACAGCUCACGCUACAGCCGCCCUCGUAGAGAGAUCAGUGACCCCAGUAACGCCACGCCCAGAGAGACCAGUGACCCCAGUAACGCCAUGCCCAGAGAGAUCAGUGACCCCAGUAACGCCACGCCCAGAGAGACCAGUGAACCCUGUAACGCCACGCCCCGAGAGACCAGUGAACCCAGUAAUGCCACGCCCGUGAGCCCAAAGGAAGCACGUACGGCCCCCUCGCUCGACCUCUCCGCUCCAGAGCCCACGCUGACCCAACUGGAUCCCUUCUCUGAGAGGGAGAGACUGCUGAACCUGGAGAACCAGCGACGCACUGCCCCCAGAGGCUCCACGGAGGAGGAGCCGGAGCACACGGAGGACACCGCGGCCCUGAUACUCCACACGCGGACCACCUCCCCUGAACACACGUCUGCGUACAUGGAAGUCACGCUGGCCUCCCCCAAACCUCCCCACUCCCCGGGGGACCUGUUCAUUCAGCAGCAGGCCCACAGCGUCCUCAGCAGGCAGGGAAUCCGCACUAGAGAGAGGCUCGUUCGGGGACAGUGCCACCGCAGAGGUCCUGGUCCCCCAGUGCCCCAACACCCCCGGUGUGGCCCUGCCCUCCCCUCAGACCGCAGCUCUGACCUCCCCCUAGACCUGUGCUCCUCUGAAGCCACCUACCUUUCCAUGUCCUCCGUUCCCACAGAAGAGGCUCUGCUGGGGGGCAAGCCGGGCCACACACUGGGUCAUCUGAGGAGCAAAGCCGUGCUCCAGUCCCACCAGUCCCACCAGUCCAACCCGUCCCACCCCUCUCACCAGUCCCACCACGACGAGCGCACUGAGGAGCCCCAAAGAGGACGUCUGAUGGAGCGCCCGCGACACAGGCCUCAGAGACCCACUCACGAGCUUGCAUCGUCCUACCCAGUCAGUGACAAAGCCCUGGCAAAGGACCUUCAAGACCUUCCCCUGGACCUUCCCCUGUCUGUGUCCCAGCUCCGCCACUCCUACAUGGAGCGGACCGCCAGCACCCCUCCCAGCUCGCGUAGACCCCCCACGUCCUGCGUCAGCGCGGACAUCAACUCCACCGAAGCGGAUGAGGAGAAGCUGGACGACCGCGCCAAGCUGAGUGUCGCCGCCAAACGCUCCUUGUUCCGGGAGCUGGAGAAGAGUGGCGAGGGGGGCAGUCUUCGGGCUCGCUCCCAGAAUGCAUCACUGCAGCGAAGGCUGAGGAGGGGUCAGGACCGCUCCAGGACUCAGCCGGUCACCACAGAGGAGGUGGUCCUCGCCGCCACGCUGCAGGCUGCUUCCCAGCGCCGUGAGCCCCUUGGAGACGGUCUGCACAUGGAGAAGGUUCAGGCCUCGGAGGGAAGACCAGUCCAAGCAGAGGGCCAGGAGAGACCGGCCAGACCAGAGUGCCAGGAGAGAUCAGUCCAUAUGCAGUACCAUAGUCUACAUCAGACCCAACCUCUGAGCCAGGGGAGACCAGUUCAAACGCAGCCUCAAAGCCAACAAGAGAGAGACCAGAACCAGGAGAGACCAGCCCACCCUCAGAACCAGGAGAGACCAGCCCACCCUCAGAACCAGGAGAGACCAGCCCACCCUCAGAACCAAGAGAGACCAGCCCACCCUCAGAACCAGGAGAGACCAGCCCACCCUCAGAACCAAGAGAGACCAGCCCACCCUCAGAACCAAGAGAGACCAGCCCACCCUCAGAACCAGGAGAGACCAGCCCACCCUCAGAACCAAGAGAGACCAGCCCACCCUCAGAACCAGGAGAGACCAGCCCACCCUCAGAACCAGGAGAGACCAGCCCACCCUCAGAACCAGGAGAGACCAGCCCACCCUCAGAACCAGGAGAGACCAGCCCACCCUCAGAACCAGGAGAGACCAGCCCCGCCUCAGAAGCAGGACAGCCUGGACAGCCAGGAGGAGCCUGACCGCAGCACUCUGAGCCUGGCUGAGAAAAUGGCGCUGUUCAACCGCCUGGCCCAGCCCCCCACUCGAGUCACCAGGACCAGGGGAGAUGCCCGGAGCCGCAGAGCUAACCCUCGGUACCAGACCCAGCCCAUCACCCUGGGGGACAUGCAGCAGCUCCAGAGCGGACACUGCCCUGCCCAACCUCCCUCCUCAUCCCAGGCCGGAGACAUCCACAUGGGGAAGAGGAAGCUAAGCUCUCCGGAGGGAGGGGCGCGUCAGCCGGCCCAGCCCCAGCCCUGUGGGAGGGAGGAGGUGCACAGGGAGGAGGUGCUCAUGGAGGCAGUGGAGAGAGAGGAACUAUACGCAGACAGGACACAGGAGCGAGCGUUUGGAGACGUGUUGGAGACAGAGGUCCCACUCCAGUCUGAGAGAGACGAGCCCAGAGUCAGCAUGAGCAGCCGACACAUGUCCAUCAGAGAGAGGGUGGCUUUGCUGAAGAGGAGCGGGGAGGAUGACUGGAGGAGCCGAAACAGCAGGAAACAGGAAGUGGCGCAGGUUGCCGAGGGAGACGCCCAGAUGCCGGAGGAAAAGCGCGGUCCGAAUACCACGGUAGAACCUCUUUAG